AUGACUGCUCGCAACCUCUCGAUCAACUAUCUCCAUAUUCUGAUAUCUCUGGACUUGGUGUUAGUCUUUGCGAGAGCAGAAGCUCAGAACUUUCGUGCUGACGACCCCCAGGUCCUGGUUGGAUAUACAGCUACCGCCGGAAUAGUCGUGAUCAUCCUAGUCUGCCAUUACCACAUUGCACAUGACCCGACAAAAGACCCAUUCGACAAAAACAGCACUCCAGGCGCGGCUACAGCUCGUAACCCGCGACCGAAUCCAAUAGACGUUGUAUAUCUUGGUCUUGUUUCUAAGAUCUUAGCAGCAUGGCGAAGAUUACACCCAAAUCUACCGAAAGCGAAGGCAUACCCUCGCUUAGAAGUCGUAUUCAUCGAAUGUGUUCAAUCAAUGAGCGAUCUCCAGAUUCUUACCGGAACGUCCAUUCUAAUUAGUGGCUACGUGCAACUACACUGUGGUCUUUCGGCCUUCCACUGGCAGAUUAUCGUCUACCUGGCUUGGUUCUCGAGCAUAACUCACCUCUCUUGCCUUACUUUCCUCCGCAACCAUUUGUACAAUCGGCCUGCGGAACGAAACUGGAGGUUAGUUGCCAUGGGUCUAAUGUUGAUAAUGCUGCUCGUCGCUAUGAUACCAACGGGCGGUUACAACUGGACGGAGGGUUACUACGGUAGCGAUGCCCCCAUAGUUCCUGCGCCUAGCGACUAUGCGAUUUGCUACUGGCAGCCCACUGGGAACGAUGACCAGUUGAAUUUCUCGACAAUGGUGAUAUCCGUUCUUCUCUUAGCUCUAGGGUUCAUGCAACGAGUUGUUCGGUUGCACAGAUCCCUCUCUGUUUCCGUCCUAGGUGUUUUUAGGACAUUUUGUAGCGAAAGGGCUCGCAAUUUCCUUCGUCGAACUUAUACAACUAUGGGCAUGGAGACAUCAGGCUUGACACUAAAACGGCUGUUCCUUUGGAGACCACUUCUGGCACUGUUUCUCACUGCUAGAGCUUUGUUAGAUCUAUGGAACUCCAUGUUCAUCGAGAUCCUCUGGAUGAUAGGAAGCUUUAUUUGGGGUCUCAUCAGAUUACUGCAAGCUCUUCCGAUAGAAGACCGCGGUUCUAACGAUUGGUCUUUCGGUCAGGUCAUCCCUCUUGUCCUCCUCGCAGCUCCCUUGCUUACCAUCUUUGAGUCUUUCUUCAAAGCAGAGCAACCCACCAACACGCUUUCGACAGCGCUCGUGCAGUUUCAUAACGCCUUCUCGCAGGCCGCUCAUAAUAACGCCAUGUCAAUUACGCCGCUGCAGGCACGCGAUCAUCCUGAUCAAAAUUUCUACCGGGACUCUAGGUGGACUAACACAUUGAUCUACCUUAUGGUUGCUUCUGCUACUGGCAUUAUGGGAGAGGCUCUAGCACUUACUGGUUUGGCCAACACGAAGUUGAUCCUACUCUUGAUUCCCACCCCGGUUUUCCCUUCAUACCUCCCUUUCUACAUAGCUUUUGCUGUCUGGGAGUUCAUCACAUUUUCCCUACUGCUCGAGGACAUCAGCUAUGCGAAGUGGACGGUACCUACGCAUUGGAACUUACCUGCGCACUGGAACGCACCAAGAAUUUCUACAAAGAGGUUUUUCAAAGGUUUAAUCGAUUAUUGUGGUCUCGUUUUCAUUUUUCUUACUCUGACUGGUGCAUUGCUAAGUAUUUUAGAUGAUAGUCAGAUUCCUGCUUACUAUGUUUGCGCAGGCGUGGGCAUAUACGGCGCAACCUCAAUCAUGUUUUCUCGUAUAGCGGUCCGACACGUAAAUCUAUUCUCUUAG